AUAAGGCAGAGAAUAGUCUUGUCAAAGCCGAGUCAGCAACGUGCGGGCAGCGAGGUACCGGAGGAGCAGGCAGAGAAUGGUCAGGGUCACAAGCCGGGUUCAGUAACUCAUGGGCAGCGCGGUACAGAGGAUCAGGCAGAAGGAUGGUCAGGCAAGCCAGGGGUUAAACAGGAGAUGGUCAGCAGGGUCAGGAACAAUGCAGAGGUCGGCAACAGAAGAUUCACAGGAUACCAGCUCCAGGGGCUCAUGGGAAACAAUACACCAAGGCCCUGA